AUAAGAUGGCAGAGGUAAUUUGAAAUAAUUGGUCGCCACGCCACCCGCGCAAUCCUUCCCGGCCAUUGUCCUCCUUUUGUUCUCUACACAAUGGGGCAAUAUAUAAAGCUGGGCUUCGCGUCGAUGCCGCUACCACCCUUCGCCGAUUCUCUCGUCCGUUUUUACGCUCAUUUCACGUCUGGUGCACCGGUGCACCUUUCACGUUCCCAAAGCCUGGUUGCUUCAUUAUAUAUUGUCUAGUACAUCAUGUUGCCUCCUCGUGCAUAUAUUUUCAUUGGCCUCAACAUCAUCCGUACUUUGAGCAUUAUCGGCCUUCUUCUCGUGUUUGCGAGCAAUAUCGAGACGCUGGUCAGCGACGUCAAAGCUGUGAACCGGUUCCAGAGCACGUCAGGCAACAGUACGACCUCUUCUUCCAAUUCGACUGUGGUGGAUACGGACUAUAUCGAUGGAAGCACCGUGCCAAACCAAGCUGCUGGAAUUUUUUGGGCAGUAUUGAACAGGCUCCUCAUCAUCGGGCAAACUGUCGUCCUGCUCCUCUCUGAAUUUGGCUGGCCUUCCGUGUUCUUCAAUCGGUUCUUCCCUGUUCUCGGCGACGAUUUUGGUCUGGGUGCUUUAGGGAUCAUCCAAUGCUUAAUCGGUGCAGCAAUUCUCUCCCACCAUGUUGACGAUUUCACCCUUGUAUCCGCAUUCUUCCUCUUCUCUGUCGGCUGCCUGAACAUGCUCGCUGGCCUCAUCUUCCGCCAGUCGGCCAAGACCAAGCGCUCGGUCACGUCGUGGCGCGAUCAUGCCAAGAGUGCAGCAAAGAGCGCUCUCCCUACCCACGUAGCUGGAAUCCCUGUCCCUACCUCAGUACCAUCCUUUGUCUCCAAUGCCUUCAGUAAUGAAGAAAAGGCCCCCGACGCCGGUUCAGGUCCCAAGGCUGGAUUCGGCUUUGGUCGCCAAGGCGAAAAGGCUGCGGGCCUGAAAGGCUUCCUCAUCUCGAAACCCCUCGAAUCACUCCCCCGGUAUGCAGCUAAGCCUGCUAGUUCCGGUUGAUACGUACCUCAUGGACAUGAUAUACUGAUUGUAGCAAACAUCUCAACGGAACCUUGUAGUGUAUCAAAUUCGCAUAUAAUUGGACUUUGCAUACAU